CCCAUCUUGCAAGAUGGCGGGCGAAAAGGGUGAGAAGGCGCCUCCUAAAAAGAAGAAACCUGCAGCCAAGAAAGCUGAUGCUGGUGGCAAGGUUAAGAAGGCCAAGGGCAAGGGCAAAACCCCUAAGAAGGGGAAGCCCCACUGCAGCCGAAACCCUGUCCUAGUGAGAGGAAUUGGCAGAUAUUCCCGAUCUGCUAUGUAUUCCAGAAAGGCCAUGUACAAGAGGAAGUACUCAGCAGCUAAAUCUAGGAUUGAAAAGAAAAAGAAGGAGAAGGUUCUGGCUACAGUCACAAAACCAGUUGGUGGUGACAAGAAUGGCGGUACCCGAGUAGUUAAACUUCGCAAAAUGCCUAGAUACUAUCCUACUGAAGAUGUGCCCCGAAAGCUGUUGAGCCAUGACAAAAAACCAUUCAGUCAGCAUGUCAGGAAACUGCGAGCUAGCAUCACUCCCGAGACCAUUCUAAUCAUCCUAACAGGGCGUCACAGAGGCAAGAGGGUGGUUUUCUUGAAGCAGCUGGGCAGUGGCUUGCUACUUGUGACUGGACCUCUGUCCUUCAAUCGAGUUCCUCUGCGUAGGACACACCAGAAAUUUGUCAUUGCCACCUCUACCAAAAUUGACAUCAGUGGUGUGAAGAUCCCCAAACAUCUCACUGAUGCUUACUUCAAGAAGAAGAAGCUGCAUAAGCCCCGACACCAGGAAGGUGAGAUCUUCGACACAGAGAAGAAGAAAUACGAGAUUACAGAGCAGCACAAGGUGGAUCAAAAAGCUGUAGACUCGCAAAUUCUGCCAAAAAUCAAAGCUGUUCCCCAGCUCCAGGGCUACCUCCGCUCUGUGUUUGCUCUCACCAAUGGAAUUUAUCCUCACAAGUUGGUGUUCUAAGUUUCCUGCAAAGAAUCUAAUUAAAUA